UCACACAUUCGUAAGAUUUUGCACAGAAAGAGCAGAGCAGCAAGUUAUAAAACAAAGCUCACUGCCUGACGCCUGAAUAAAGGGUUAAAAAGGAGCCCAACGGGGGAGGAGGGAGAAAGAGAAGAGAGCAGCAGCCUUGUUAGAUCAUUACUAAAUGCUGCAGCUCCAACUCGUACGGCUAAUAAGGAAUCUCUCCUCUCACACUGACUCCGUACAGACCUCUCACAUGCAGGUCAGUUCUGCCUCUCUUCCUCAUCCUGCCGCAGGAGGAAAUAUCGUGAGAGAAUGCUACAUCCCAUAAUGCUUUGCACUCCGAGAGGAAAGUCGUAACUCUAGUGUGUCGUGCACAUUUUGAACAGCAGGCAUUUUUUCCAAAUGUAAACAGAUUAGUAUAGGUGGCCUGAGAUGAACUAGAAAAUGUACAGACAGAGGAGGCGCAAAUGAAGAAAACAGGUAGAUAUAAAGAAAAGAAACAAAAUCGGAAUAACGAAUCAAUGGAGAACUUGUUAACGGAGCUUCCUUUUGCAAAUGCUGACAUUUGUUCUGUGUUUGAAUUGAUUAGAACACCGGACAAAAAAAUAAAAAAGAAAAGAAAAAGAAAAGGUAUUGAAGAAAAUGAAGAUGGUGGUGAAAAUAAAAAACAGAAAAGGGCCAAUUAUUUUGUAUCGCUCCCGAUUUUAAAUCCUAAGAUUCUUGGUGACAUCAGUACAUUCCAAGAUGCUGUGCUAAAGAAGGAGCCAAAACUGUCCAGAGCUAUGGUUCCAAAGGGCUCAUUCCAUCUUACUCUCUUUGUUACACAUUUAGCUAAUGAAGAGGAAGUGAGUCUAGCAGCAAGUUCUUUUUUGGAAAUCAAAAGACCAGUGGAAGAAAUUUUGGAUGGUAAUCCCUUGAUUUUAUCAUUUCGAGGAGUGACUGAAUUUAGAAAUGAAGUUGUGUUUGGAAAGAUAACAGAGGGGGAUUCCCAAGCUACACUGAAAAAAAUAAGCGAGGCAAUAGAGAGGAUAUUUAAGGAGAAGGGUAUUAUUGCAUUCGGAUACAAAGGAUUUGUGCCCCAUUUAACUUUUAUAAAGCUAUCGAGAUCACCAAAGCUACGUAGGCAGGGUCUGAAAAAAAUUAAUGCUAGUCUCUAUGAAGAUUUUAAAGAGCAUAAUUUUGGAGAAGAGUUAAUGGCUCGGCUGGAUCUCUGCUCCAUGUUAAAGAAACGGCAGGAAAAUGGCUACUACCAUACUGAAGCCUCCAUUUACUUUGACUCUGCAGCUAAUCAUGAUAGUGGUGACAGUGAGGAGAUAGCGAAAGAUUCAUCCACUGCUAUUGUCGCAGGCAAGCUUACGCAGUCUGAAGAUCAUACAAAAGGGGAUUCUGUGUUUCAUUCAGAAUCAGUUACCUCCACUUCCAGUGAAUCAAGUGGUUCAUCUAGCAAAAAUUCUCUUGUUGGAGGCAUGGAUGGCAAUCUUGCUGGGGGUUCAGAAUCUAUUAACAAUAAUGACAACAUGAACUUAAAACAGUUUAGUGCUCAUAUAAAAGCACCAGUUGUACAAGGAAGACAAAACCAAGGAGAAGCAAAAUCUUCAUUCACAAAGAAGAAAACUUUCAGUGUCAUGCCUUUAAAUGACGGUAGCUCACCAAAGCAAAAAAAUAAAAUGAAAAAGAAGACACUCUGUGGUCAAGUUAAAGAUACGAGUCAAAUCAACACUCGGCAGACAACUACACUGGAUCUAAAAGAGACAUCCCUUGUUGAACUGGUUUCUUUACAAAAACAGAGAAUGCAAGUUGAGCAGGAGAAAAGGGAGCAAAAUGAGAAUAACAUGUCUCUUCUAUUAGAUAGAUUAACAAUGAUCCAAGAACAUCAAAGGUACACAAACAAAAACCUGAAUGGGUUAAACAAGAAGCUAUCUUUUAUUUCCAAACAACUUGGCCAGAUUGUGCAGCUUCUUCAACCAUCAGCAGGUAUCUCCACUUCCUCACUGUCCCAACCAUUAGAGGCUACACCUAUUGAUAAAGGCAGUGAAGAACAAUCUACAAUAAAAGAGGUCAAGCAUCUUGAGGAUACUUAAAGAGAACAGGGAAAUUAAAAAUUGCAAAUACCCAGCACUAUAGAUCAGUUGGCAAAAUUAUGUGAUGUUUUAUUUUUCUAAAUUGUGUGAUGUCGUAAAAAUCCUCUUAAGACACCUAUUGUUAUGGUGAAUCAAAUUGUUUUGGCUGUCUGUGAAAUAAUACAGUUCAGCCAUGUUUUGUUUUGUUUUUUUAUUAUAACCAAACUUUGGUUAGUCGUCUGGGCAAAGCCACUACCAAAGAUCCUUUUUAACAAACAUAGGGGAAAAAAAGCACAGUUAGAGGUGUGUGUGUGUGUGUGUGUGCAUAAAGUUCCCCCUGUUGUAAAAUAGAAGGAUUUUAUAAGAAACUGAGGAGUUCUGUGACCACAUAAAAGUAUGAGGAGGCAAUAUAUUUAAGCUGCCCAACUACUUCAAAGUCAUCCUCUGUCUGGGCAGUCCUACUCUCAAUUCCAUUUGAUUCAUUAAGAAUUCUACUGCUUCGUUUACACAGGGAGCAAGUUUUACUUGCAGCUUGCUUGCUUUCAGUGUUAAAACUCCCAAAUGGUUGCCCUUUUUAUUGGCCACCUCUGCAAUCACCUGACUGUAGCUGGGAAGCAUGGGAGCUAAUACUGGCCAGUAAAAAGGGUAACCAUUUGGGAGUUAACCGUGGAGGCAAGCACGCUGCAAGUAAAACUCACCUCCUGUGUACAAUGUUUAAUCAAGCAGUAGAAUUCUUAAUGGGUCAGAUGAAAUUGAGAGUAGGACUGGUCAGACCAGGGAUGACUGACAUAGUUAGCCAGUUUAAAUAUAUUGCAAUAUAGAGACAAACAAUCCCUGUUUUUUUUUUUUUUUUGAAGGGGGCAUUAGCUUAAUGCACAGACCCUCAUAUGUAAUUAAAGGCCCUAAGUGCAGUAGCAUCCAAUAAGAAGUUUGCUUUUAAACAGGUGACCAGUUAAUGCUAACUUCUGAUUUGUUGCUAUGGGUUACUGCAUCUGAGCAAACUUAGUACCUUUUACUACAUAACCCCCAGAAGGUAUUAAUGUCUGUAAUAUAUGUUGAUUAUGGAUGAGUGCAGAGGAUCUUUUAUCUGUAUAUACAUUUUGUGGUCACCGCCUCAUUGCACCCACCUAAUGGUUAUGGGUAUAUUUGGUUACAAACAGUGUGUGUUUAGUCUAUAUAACCUGAAAAUAUUAUACAGUAUUACUUUAUAGGGAAAGUAUGAAAGUAUAGCCCAAACUGAUUUUUUCAUUUUAUUUUUAUGAGAGGAGUUGGUUACUGUGGAUUUGUAGGUACCGGUCGUUCCACUAGCACAAUAGACAGUGACCAUUCCUUGCUUUUAGUUGGGCAAGGGUCAACAUCUGUUUGCCUUUUUGCUGUGGUUUGUUUUUUAAUUUAUUGUGGACCUCAUUUGGUUUUUCCAAUCUAUUUUUUUUUACCUUCUUGUCUGCAAGCCUACAGGCACAGUACAUCCUGAAUCAGCCAUACCAUUUGCCUUGUACACAGAUAAACACAUUUGGUGAUUAUCGCAACAGAAGUAACAACUGCCCAGCUGACCAGUAAUCCCUAUCCACACUUUCCUACCCAUUAUUGUACGAAACCAAACUUCACUAAAGUGAUAUGGUUGACUGACUUUUAGUCCGAUAUUGUGACAUAUUUAUUAACACUGAGGACAAACAUCACCAGUGAUCAACAAUUAGAUUUGAACGGUCACCUACAAGUUAGCAGCAAAUCAGAUUUUUGUUUUCUAUGGGCAAUGUCACUGGUGAUGUUAGUUUCCAUUUUUAAUAAAUACACCCCAUUGUGUAAUAUGUUCAACCCAUUUAGUCUUUUAUCCCAAACAACCACUUUGUGUGGUUAAAGUUUAUUGUGUUUAGAAUGUAAAAGUAAAAACAAUAUCUCAUUGAACUUCAAUUUAAAUUCAUAUAUUAGAGGCAUAUUAGCUACCCAUCAACGGUUGGGUAAGAGAGAUCUGAUGUCAGAAAUUGGAAUGACUUUCACUUGUUCUUGUUUUCUGACAGUGUAAGGUUUUAUGUGGAACCUAAAGCAGGGCGAAGACAUAGGGCAAUUAGUUGGCGCGACUGUUAAAAAAAACAAACAUAGAUCGAUAUACUCGAUCGAUAUAGUCUAAUCGGGCAUCAUUUGCGACACACGCCCCGUGUGUCUUUGCUAGAUUGCCACCUCAGUUUUUUAUUAGAUGUCAAGAACAGGUUUUAGGUUUUAGAUCCCCAGAGUUCCAUGAAGCACAGACUUGUUUUAACACAACCACAAGUUGUAUUGUCCACUGGAAAUUAAGUGGAAUUAGUUUUCGAGUCUGGCUUCUGACAUGGCUAAAGGCGGGGGCCCCCAACCUUUUUUACUUGUGAGCCACAGUCAAAUGUAAAAAGACUUGAAGAGCAACACAAGCAUCAUAAAAGUUCACGGAGGUGCCAAACAAUGGCUAGGAUUGGAUAUUAGGCAGCCUCUAUGCACACUAUCAGCUUACAGGGGGCUUUAUUUGGUAGUAAAUCUUGUUUUUAUUCAACCAAAACUUGCCACCAAGGUAGGAGUUCAAAAAUAACUACCUGUUUUGUGGGCACCGAGAGCAACAUGUUGCUCACAAACCAUUGGUUGGAGAUCACUGGUUAAAGGGGUUGCCAGAUGACAACUUUGGUGUUGUGUCAUGCCGUUGAAAAUCAUUCAUCAUCCGGUAGAUGGGAGUAGCUAGCUAAAACAUGGGGCUUACAGCACUGACAUCAUGAUGUUGCUGCAAUGCAGAAAUCAGUUUUUGUAAACUUGAAGGAAGCAUAGAGUACACAAACAAUGUGUGAGAGCUUUAAAAUAAAAAAUAAUGUUCUAUGGUAAAAAGAAAUGUAAAAAAAAUAAAAACUUUUUGAGUGAUUA